AGGCUCGCCUUCCAUCUCGGUCAGAGUUUGGUGUCUCAUCCACAUCGCCAGGCCGUCCGUCCGUCCGUCCUCAUCUCGUCGUCGUUCUUGUUCCAAAAAAGAAGAAGCAUCCGCCAAAAUGGAGGCCAUCAAGAAGAAGAUGCUCAUGCUCAAGCUGGACAAGGAGAACGCUCUGGACCAGGCGGAGCAGGCAGAGGCGGACAAGAAAGCGGCAGAGGAUAGAAGCAAACAGCAUGAGGACGAGCUCCUGCAGAUGCAAAAGAAGCUGAAGGGGACAGAGGACGAGCUGGACAAAUACUCCGAGGCACUGAAGGAUGCUCAGGAGAAGCUGGAGGUGGCCGACAAGAAGGCCGCUGACGCGGAGGCGGAGGUGGCCUCCCUGAACAGGCGCAUCCAGCUAGUGGAGGAAGAGUUGGACCGAGCUCAGGAGAGGCUGGCAACCGCUCUACAGAAGCUGGAGGAGGCCGAGAAGGCGGCCGACGAGAGCGAGAGAGGCAUGAAGGUGAUCGAGAACAGGGCUCUCAAAGACGAGGAGAAGAUGGAACUCCAGGAGAUCCAGCUGAAGGAGGCCAAGCACAUCGCAGAGGAUUCCGACCGCAAGUACGAAGAGGUGGCUCGUAAGCUGGUGAUCGUGGAAGGGGAGCUGGAGCGCACAGAAGAGAGGGCCGAGCUGGCUGAGGCAAAAUGCGCAGAGCUUGAGGAGGAACUGAAGAACGUUACCAAUAACCUGAAGUCCCUGGAGGCACAGGCUGAGAAGUACUCUCAGAAGGAGGACAAAUACGAGGAAGAGAUCAAGAUUUUGACAGACAAGCUGAAAGAGGCUGAGACCAGAGCGGAGUUUGCUGAGAGGUCUGUGGCCAAACUGGAGAAGACUAUUGAUGAUCUGGAAGAUGAGCUUUAUGCACAGAAACUCAAAUACAAAGCCAUCAGCGAGGAACUGGACCACGCGCUCAAUGACAUGACCUCCAUCUAAACACCCCUGGAAGCCCUGCCCGCUCCUAACACUCUCUCUCGGCUCAAAUCUGACCCCUUCCUCUCUCCUCUUCCUCCAUUCCUCAACAACUGUCGGAUGUAUGUUGUUUACAGCACUUUCACACCUUUUCACAUCCGAUCUGUUCACAACAAGCAGCAGCAAAUUAGGUGCAAAUCAACCCUUUAGUUGUACUACUUUGUGUUCUUUAAAAAUGUUUAAACAGGGGAAGAAAUGCUCAUGGUAAA